GUGGCGGUGGAAGGUCACACAGCCUGGCGCAGUCGCGUCAUGCUGGUAAGCGCGCCGACAGCACCCAGCGAGAUAGGUGGGUGGGGGUAUUCAUGAUUCGCAAUACCCCUCCGUGUGCCAACCCCACAGCGGGUCAGUUCAUUUUCAAUUCUUGUGCCAUGGCCAAGUUCCUCGCCUUCGUUGCCCUCGCCGCCGCAUCCGCCGUCGCCCGAUUACAAAUCGUCAACGGUACGGAAGCCCCCGUCGGCAAAUACACGUACGUGACGGGCAUCCGCGAGACCGAGACCGGUCGGACCAUCUGCGGCGCGUCCUUGAUUGCCCCCAAGGUGCUCCUCACCGCCGCCCGCUGCGCCGGCGAAUGGGCCAACUACGCGUCGGUCGGGUCGCACUACACGAGCGGUAGCACGGACGGCGAGCGCAUUAAGAUUGUCAAGAAAACGCUGCACCCCAAGUACAGUGAAUUCUCGGACGAAUACGACAUUGCCAUAUUUGAAUUGGAAUCCGAAUCCAAGGUCCCCCCCGUCGCGCUAAACUGGGUCGAAGACGACGCGACGGCCCCCGGCACCGUGGCGUGGGUGCGUGGCUUUGGCGAGACCACCAAAACAUCGAGUGAGGGGCAAUCUCCGUACCUCUUGGAAACCGACGUCAAAAUCUGGACCAACGAAGACUGCCACAAGGUCAUGAUUUUCGAAAUCUUCCCGUUCCAGGUGUGCGCUGGUGGCGACGGAAAAGGCUUUGCCACCAACGACGUUGGUGGACCGUUGACCGUCAUCCGCAACGGUGUCGAAUACGUCGCGGGUGUGGCCGUCUGGGGACAUCGCGGUAGCUGGGCGCGACUGCCCGGCGUGUACAUGCGGGUAUCGUCUUUCCGCGACUUCAUUGAACCGUUCUUGCCUGUUACCCCCACCACUACCAAGCCUGCUUGCUGAGCAGCGUGUCAAACAAGUAAGCAGUACGACAUGCCCAAGAGAUAUCUGUAGAGCUCUCGAUUGUCGUUUUGGUUGCAUCAUAAUUGAGGUCAUUGCCA